AUGACGACCCAUAGCGAUGGAAUCCCCUCUAAAUACUACGAGGAGCCUAAUAGUCUCCCAUCGAUGGACUCGAGCACCUAUAAUGGACUUUUGGCCAUCGGAACGCUCGCCACGAUCUCGCUAAUAUUCACAUCCGCCCUCUUAAGCUUCAUUACGUGGCGUAUGAUUACCUGGAAGUCCCAUUAUGCUAGUGCCGUCGGUCGAAAUCAGUCGGUCGUGCUCAUUUACCAGCUUAUUCUGGCAGAUUUCCUCCAAUCACUCGGAUUUCUGAUAUCAUUCCAUUGGGUGGCGGAGCGCCAGAUCAUCGGACCUGAUGGGACAUGUUUUGCGCAGGGUUGGUUGAUCCAGCUUGGAGACGUUGCGAGCGCUUUCUUCGUCCUCUCGAUCGCAAUCCACACUACAUACCAAGUAAUCCUUUCCAGAAGUUUAUCUCACAAGAUAUUCAUCUGCUGCAUACUUGGAACUUGGGUUUUCGCCAUACUCCUUACAUCACUCGCCCCAAUUGUCGGUGGACGAUUUGUAUUCCAGAGAGCUGGAGUCUGGUGCUGGAUAUCAGUAGACAAUGAAGGAUUACGACUUUCCCUUCAUUAUAUAUGGAUUUUCAUCGUCGAGUUCGGUUCUAUUCUCGUUUACGCCACGGGUUUCUACUACCUCUUCCGCGCCAAGAACUCUGACGCCAUCAUGGUACCCAGCCGCAGUGUCGAAACUCUACGGAGGGCCCGAACUGCCAUGUUGGCGUACGCGAUUGUGUAUACUCUUUUGAGUCUUCCUCUAGCCGCUGGACGAAUGGCUAGUAUGUCAAAUAAUCAGCUAUCCGACGAAUAUUACCUAUUUGCCGGAGCUCUCUUCACAUGUUCCGGUUGGGUGGAUACUAUCCUAUAUACGAUAACACGACGAGCACUACUAUUCGACGAAUUGAACGUUUACGGUCGCCGGCCCGACCCGAAUAUGGGUAACGGAAAUCUACGCGCGAAGGAUGCUGGCUUCCAGAGACAGAGCAGUACAGAUAGCAUUCUAGCCGGUAAUGGGUUUGGAAGUAUCGGCGGUAUUAAGAUGGAGAGGACCGUUAAGAUUGAAAUGGAUGAUUUGGAGAGCAGUAAUGGUGAGAGGGGAAUGCAGGAGUACUAUGCUACUGCAGAAGCCUAUAAGCCAUAGAUGGGAACCGAGUGAUGCAAAACGAA